AUGGGCAACGGUCCGUCUUUGGGUAACAGCCUUCUAUUUCCAGUACCCAAAUCUUCUUAUGACGAAACUCUCGAUCAACUAAUUUGGAUACCUGAAGACUUUGGGUUUAAUAAAAGGAGGUGGGAACACAAAUCAUUUCCUGCAUUGUGGAUAAAAUCUGCUAAGCCCACAAAAUGUAUAAUAAUAUAUUUCCAUGCCAACUCGUGUGAUAUUGGACAUAUUCAACCUGAAUUGCAAGUAAUAAGUGACUACUUGAACGCUUCGAUAUGUGCAGUCGAAUUUCCCGGCUAUGGCAUUCCCCCUGAUAGCAUUUACCCUAAAGAAUAUCCAAAUGGCGAUGAUAUUAAUCGCAGAGGUAUUUCUGCAUUUAAUUUGUUCGUCUAUUUGGGUGUGCCGGCUUCCUCGAUUGUAUUUUUUGGUCGUUCCAUUGGUACAGGUCCCGCAUGUAGAAUAGCAGGGGAUCUAGGCAAGAAAGGAGUUAAAAUUGGAGGAGUGGUGCUACACGCCCCUUAUAUGUCAGUGCAUAAAAUUGUACAAGAUUAUUCUCCACUGGGUACCUGGAUUAUAGAUAAUUACUGGGAUAACGAGGCAUCUAUACUUGACAUGGCCCCCAAUACACCUCUUCUGAUAAUCCAUGGUUUGGAUGAUGAAAUAAUUAACGUAAUUCACGGCAAGACACUCUUUGAUAAAUACGAAUCUAAGUUCAAAAUGGGCUACUUCCCCUCUGAAUCAUACCACAACGAAUUCUAUAUUAUAGAUGAUAUUGCAAUGCCAUUUUUGGAUUUUUUGAGAACAAAAAGCAACGUUAAUGAUAAUCAGCCCUUUGACAUUGAUGUACCAAAAGUUUACAUGAAUAAGCCGUCUAGGUUUAACAAGAGAGCUGAACCUGUGAGAUCUACGUCUCGAGAUGUACACAUUUGCAACUUGAGAUCAACUUCCCUGCCUUCAUUUGGAGAGACUGAUAUUUUAAAAUCCAACAGCAAAAAUAAUUCAGGCAGAGCUGAAUCAGCGCGAAUGACUAACAGCCGCACCGAAAGUUCUAGGGCAUGUAAGGCCCAAACAUCAGGCCCUUGUGGAAUCUUCAGAAGAACUGUUAAUCCAUUGUCUCAAAAGAAGGGUUCCAAAUCAACCUCGCCGACUGUUGAUGAAAAGCCAUUAUCAAAUUACUUGGAUCAAUUAACUCAAAGGGGCGCCAUUUCCCGCGAAUUCGUCAAUGAGGUGGUUGAUCAUGUGCACGAGACGGUGGACACCCUUGUUGACACUGCGGCUGAUGAUAUGAAAUAA